GUAUUUGUAUAUACAUCUCGGUCGCAUCGCGACGCGCAUUGUGAGUCAGACUAAAAUCACGAAUAUUGUACCGUACAAACAUUCGAGCAAAAGCUGCGCGUACAGAAUGACGCCAGUGUAUAAACAUAAAAACAGCUAAUAAAUUACGAAUUGUAAGAGAAAAAAAUAAAAGUGCCAGUGCUGAUAGUAUUUGAGUGGAAAAUGGCAAACUCGUAUAACAUGAAAGAAUUCAGCUCCACUGCUGUGAUAACAGGAAAUGGAAUAUAUCCGUCGACUAUUUCGAUUAACACAAUAAAUCCAAAAAACAAAGACAAUGACGUAGAACUAAAUACAUAUGAUCCGUUUCAGAACAGGAAAUUGGAACAUCCUAAUUCUGACGUCAGAUCAUUCGCAAACCUUUUGAAGUCAUCCCUCGGAUCAGGCAUCUUAGCUAUGCCGGCAGCGUUCAAGAAUGCAGGAACGAUUGUUGGCAUUUUCGGGACAAUUAUUUUGGGUUACAUUUGCACGCACUGCGUUUAUUUGUUGGUGAAAACAUCGCAAGAUGUAUCACGUGUAGCAAAAGUGCCAUCGCUAGGAUAUGCUGAAACUGUAGAAGCGGUCUUCGCUACUGGUCCGCAAACAUUAAGAAAGUUUUCAAGAGCUUCACGGAUAUUUAUCGACUGGGCAAUGGCUUUUACUAUUCUUGGCGCUUGUGCUGUAUAUGUCAUUUUACUUGUGGAGUCAGUUCAGCAGAUCGUCGAUUAUUUCUACGCAGACAAUGGCAUCAACGAAACAAUGUACUGCCUUAUGUUCCUAGUACCCAUUCUUAUAUUCACUCAAAUAAAAAAUCUAAAGUACUUAGCUCCGUUUUCGGGAUUCGCUAAUAUUCUUCUGGUCCUCACUUUCUUGAUUUGCCUGUACUACAUUUGCAACGAAUUUCCCGAUCUUGAUUCUAGACCAACUUCAGUAAACAUCGGAAAUUUACCAUUAUUCAUUGGUACAGUUAUCUUCGCAAUGGAAGGAAUCGGAGUUGUACUACCAGUAGAAAAUACAAUGGCUAAACCUCAACACUUUCUAGGUUGUCCGGGGGUACUGAACUUAACCAUGAGCGUUGUGGUCUUGCUAUAUAUGAUAAUGGGCUUCCUUGGAUACGUCAAGUACGGAGACCAAGCUAUGGGUAGUAUUACCCUGAAUUUAGAUACUGGUGAAAUACCAGCUCUAAUCGCAAAGAUCUUCAUAAUUCUUGCCAUAUUCUUCACUUAUACUCUCCAGUUCUACGUACCUAUGGAGAUAGUAUGGCGAAAUACUAAAGAUCAUGUAGCGCAAAAAUACCAUAACAUCACGGAAGCAGUCAUGAGAGCGGUUUUUGCCGCUCUUACUGUGGUUGCGGCAGCGACGUUACCGAGCCUUGAACAAGUUAUAGGCCUCGAAGGAGCUUUCUUCUACUCCUUCCUUGGUCUCAUAGCCCCGUCCAUACUGGAUCUCAUUUUCAAGUGGGAACGAGGUCUUGGAAGAAACAAUUGGAUUUUAUUUAAGGAUUUAUUUCUAAUAUUUUUUGGCUGUUUCGUACUAGUGGCCGGUGUCACACAAAGCAUCAGAGAAAUAAUUAGGACUAGUUCUCAAUAAGUGCUAUUAGAAGCUAGUUUUUAUUUUAAUUUAUUUACCAACUAAUACGACUUUGUAAAUAUUUUUAAAAAUUAAAUUAAUUAAUCAUUAUGUGUUUCACUAUAUUAUCUCUUAUCUUGAUAACUACAUACUAGGUACCCUUAUAAAACAACUAAAUUAUUG